UAUUGCUCUAUAAAAGGAUGGGUUUUCUUACAACCAAAAGGCAAGAAAAGAAUUAAGAUGGGUUUUCUAAUGAAAGCUUUUUUGUGUCUUAGCCUUUUACUUUUUUGUUCUUACAUUCAGGCAUCGGCCAGAGACUUCGUUGGUAGUCGUGGGAGUCCAGUUCCAAUUCCUAAGCGCUGUAUACGUAGUAGUCGUUUUGAUGAUUGUAUUAUUCCAACUAACCCUAAGCACUGUGUUGUUUAUCAUCGUUGUUCUCGAGUUGAACCCCCUGGUGUCGGAAAACAAGUUAUGGAUAAUAAGCCAGCCAAGAAGAGCGUGAUUGAACCCCAAGGUCGUGGUGGCUACAAUGGCGGACAACCUUAAUUAGAGAUUAGGGAAUAGUCCCUCGUUUCACUCAUUUUGCUACAUUUCAUCUUAUUGAAACUUUUACUUUAGUAAAAAUUGUAGUAAAAUGAAGAAAUAGUAUGUUUUAUGUGAAACUCGAACUUAUGGCCGUUUGUCGCAAAAAUUAUUAGCUUGUGUUUGUAGUGUAAAAUAAGUUUAAGUUGAUAAUUGUAUAUCUAAUAUGUUGGAGUAAUCUCAAUUUUUAAAUAAACAAUAUUUUAAUA